AUUGAGUCAGAUACUUGAGUUUCACAACUUCCCCUAUCGUCGAAUUUCAUCUAAGCCUGUGAUAAUUGUCCCGGGAUGCCGCCCCAAUAUUUCUGGGCCACACUGAAUUUUGCAAUCGGUUUCGCAACGCACCUGUUUAUGAGUCGAAACAAUAACUUCGAGCACGUUUGAUAAGAUUAGGCAGUCUACCAGUGUGUCAGCACUCAGUCACAGUCACUCUCAAGUCGACACCCGAGUGAGGUGUUGAAGAUCCUAAGUGAUCCCGCUGUCCAUCAUUCUUCUGAACUUUCUAAGUCAGCCGCACAAAUAAAAACCUGUGAUUAGAACAAAGGAAGCUGGACUGUUUUUGUGAGAGAGAGAAAAAAACACUCGUUUUGAGAGGAAAAUGACGACUCACGCAACAAACUCGGCUGCGGAAGCUGUUCCCAUGAGUAGCUUACCAUCAACUUCAGCUGCAGCCGCUCAAGAUCCGAAGACUCGUGCACUCGGCGUGAGAACAUCAGAAGGUGACAAUGCGACGUGCGUGGAAGUUCUGGCGACGGUUCUCUCAAUUUGCCUGAUGGUCAUCACGCUGCCCUUCUCCCUGUUCUUCGUGUUCAAAGUUGUGGCUGAGUACGAGCGGGCUGUGAUCUUCAGAAUGGGUCGCCUGCGAUCGGGAGGAGCUCGAGGUCCGGGUGUUUUCUUCGUGCUGCCCUGCAUCGAUGAGUACUGCAAGGUGGACCUGAGGACAGUGUCCUUCGAUGUACCUCCGCAGGAAGUGCUGACUAAGGACUCCGUCACCGUAUCCGUGGACGCUGUUGUCUAUUAUCGCAUCAGUGAUCCACUGAAGGCAGUCAUUCAGGUGGCCAACUACAGUCAUUCAACCCGUCUCCUGGCCGCCACGACGCUCCGCAAUGUGCUGGGCACGCGAAAUUUGUCUGAGCUUCUGACGGAGCGCGAGGCAAUUUCGCACACGAUGCAAGUCUCUCUGGAUGAGGCCACGGAUCCCUGGGGUGUGAAGGUGGAGCGUGUGGAGAUCAAGGAUGUGUCUCUGCCCAUGCAGCUACAGCGCGCCAUGGCGGCGGAAGCAGAAGCGUCACGGGAGGCACGCGCCAAGGUGAUUGCCGCUGAGGGUGAAAUGAAGGCAUCGCGUGCACUCAAGGAGGCCUCAGACAUCAUGUCCGAGAGUCCAGCUGCUCUGCAAUUGCGCUACCUGCAAACUCUCAACACUAUCAGCUCGGAGAAAAACUCCACGAUCGUCUUCCCUCUGCCACUAGAGGUGCUCAACUUUUUCCAAGCCAAAACCAAUCAGAUCAUGGAGUCGCGAUAGUAAGGUGCUC